GAUGUUUUUUUCUUCUAACAGAGUAACGGAAGAAAUAUUAACGUGUAUAUACGCGAUAUCCGACACAAUAGACGGGAAUUGCGAAUUCGUUCUCCAUCGCGAAGGAAUCGCCCUCUUCCAUCGCAUCGAGCAACACGGACCAAUCGCCGCACAGUCGCGUACUGUACCCCCCUACUCUACUCGCCCGAUUCUUACCGGUCGACCUGUCAUGUCAGCCAGCCGGCCGGCCGGCCGGCUCAAAUCGCUCGUGGAUGUGUCAUUUCGCACGCAUUGAUUUGUUACACAAUUAUAGAGACACACUGUUUAACAACCGUUUCUUACCCACUUUUUUUCAUAGUCCUGUUAAAAAAGAAAAAUUUCAGCUAUUGUCUAUACCAUUUGUUUCUAUAUUCUCGCAUUUUUUCAUUCCUUACGUAACCACAUUGCAGUUAUGUAUUUCUUUGUUUCUGUGUGUGUUGUUGUCAAUAAAACAAGUACAUAUUGUGGGUACAUGUACGCUGUGAGGUUAAGAUACAUUUUCAGUUGUAGUUGUUCAACGACAAAAAGACCAGGAAUAAGAUGAAGAAACGACUGAAUGUAGCACAUGAGAACGACGCACCGCGCAAAAGGCCGAAGUCCCGUCCUAAAUUCUAGACUCUUACGUGCUCGAUCUUUCUAGUAGGAAAACUCGUACCAAUCAUUAGAAGAAAUGCUACAUUCGUUCUGUUUCCAAACUCACCGCCACUAAUGAAAAUCUAUAACUUAUGCCUGUGUACUACGUGACCUGUAGAUCUUCUUCAGUACUGGCAGUGAAUUUUGAAACAGCUGUAGAAGAGACUUAUCUCUCUCUUUCUAACAAAACUAAUGGUUUCUAUGCGGUUCUUACGUCAUUGCGGGGCGUCACACAACGCCAAAAGCUUAUCAGGUAUGGCGCGCGCAGGCGCUGUGUGACUUAAAGCAACACACUACGGCGGAACAUGCGGUGGUGGUGAUGUAAACGCGAACACAGGCUACAAAGUAACCCAGUGGUGAGUGAUAACGACGAGUACGUCCGGAUACGCGUCGGAGUGUCGUGACAACAUCCUGUUUCGUAUCACACGUCUAGCUUUACAAAUCGAAUUGAACAACGUGUGUGAACACAAAAGUUACCCGUUAGUAUAACCGGACCGUAGAGCGCUUAGAUGAUCGAGCCGAUGAUGGCGAUGACGACCACGAGGUUGCGCUCGAUGGGCACGUGCGACGAAAAAGCACCGAAUACCGAGAAGAAGAUGCUGCCGUCGCUGUCGUCGUCGUCGUCAUCGCUGCAAAACGGCUUGGUUCCUCACAGCGCUGAGAAUGUUUGUAGAACUAACGGUUAUAUCCUGACGGGCAAUGGACAUUGUUCCUACGAUUCAACAUCAAGAAAAGUACAAAAAUCAUCGCUGUCAAAAGAAUCUUUCGAAAAAGUUUCAAUAAUCACAGCGGCGUUCACACAUCUAGGUUUUUACAUUCUUAUGUUUCUGGGAUUUAUCAAUCAGCUAUUUUUUGUUCCGAAGGUAGCCACUGAGAAAAACAGGGAGGGAUAUGCUCCGCUUUAUGACAAUUUCGAGAAGUUCUAUCUCAGAUAUGUCUAUAGAAGAGUCAAAGAUUGUUGGAACAGACCGAUAUGCUCCGUUCCUGGAGCAACAGUUACAUUAAAGGAUCAAGUUACUCGUGAUUACGGAUGGACGUUUCAAUUUACUGGAACUGAAACGCAAUGUAUAAAUUUGGGCUCUUACAAUUAUUUAGGGUUUGCUGAGUCGACUAGUAAGUGUGCUGACGAGAGCAUCAAAACACUCAGGGAAUUUGGCUGUGCCAGUUGCAGUACGCGUCUUGAAUUAGGAACUAUGCCGAUACAUAUUGAACUAGAAAAAUUGACGGCAAGAUUUUUGGGAGUAGAUGAUGCAAUAGUAUUUGGAAUGGGAUUUGCAACAAAUGCUUUAAAUCUACCUUCUUUGGUCAGCAAAGGUUGUCUGGUUCUCAGUGACGAAAAGAAUCACGCUUCACUGAUUCUUGGAUUACGAUUAUCUGAUGCAGUGAUACGAAUUUUUAAACAUAAUAAUGUUAAACACCUGGAGGAAUGUUUGAAAAAGGCUAUUGUUUUUGGACAGCCAAAGACUGGUGAAGCUUGGAAGAAAAUAGUUAUCGUUGUUGAGGGUGUUUAUUCUAUGGAAGGCUCCAUUGUUCAUUUGCCAGAAAUAAUAGAGUUAAAAAAGAAAUAUAAAGCAUAUCUUUACAUGGAUGAAGCACACAGCACAGGCUCUAUGGGAAAACGUGGAAGAGGAAUUUGCGAUUAUUACGACAUUGAUCCGCGCGAAGUUGAUAUACUUAUGGGAACAUUCACAAAAAGCUUCGGCUCGGCGGGUGGAUAUAUAGCCGGAACAAAAGCAUUAAUAAAUCAUAUUAGAAUAUACGGCCACGCGCACACGUACGCAGUAUCGAUGUCUCCGCCAGUUACACAACAAAUUAUCACAUCAAUGCGAAUUAUUCUAGGAGAAGAUGGCACCGAUACUGGUAAAAAACGUAUUAAACAAUUAGCUAGAAAUACAAGGUACUUCAGACGCCGACUCAAUCAAAUUGGUGUUAUAACCUAUGGAAACGAGGAUUCGCCUGUUGUACCUAUGUUAGUCUAUUUAUUUUCAAAGAUUGGUGCAGUGAUCCGCACUCUGACAACACGUAAUAUUGCAACUGUUGGCGUUGGAUUUCCAGCUACGCCAUUAAUGGAAGGUAGAAUUAGAUUUUGUCUUUCCGCUGCACAUACAAAAGAACAACUAGAUUAUGUAUUGUCACAUAUCGAAGAAAUUGUAAGUACGUUAGGAUUAAGAUACUCGAGAAAGCCUCGUACAUCUACAAAGAUAGAAUAUUAUUCCGAUGGCGAAACAGAAUGACCUACCUCAUAAAAUCGAAUAAAUCGUUAGGCAAAUCUAUUUCUAUAUAAUGAAUAUCAAAAGAAUCGAAAGCUUUAAAUGCCAUGAAAUAUAGAUACAGACAUUAUAUGAUUCUUAUUAAUAAGACAAAAGAUUAUGUAGUACUAUAAGAGAGAACUAGCAUUUUUGUACAAUGACAGCACGAUAAAAAAAACUUGAACUUAUACUGAUGCAGUGGAACAAAUAGUAUCUAGUGUAUAUGCAAUGUAGAAAGAAAAAACAUGAAGGUUGUACUACACAUACUGUUAAUUCCAUUUUUUGCAUAUUCUCUUUGUUUCUAUCUAAAGAAAGUAAUUCUUUCACUUCUCUAAAGUAAAAAAUAUUCACACGUUAAACUAAAGAAAAAAAACCUAGAAAAUAUAUUGCGAAUAACAGGA